UAUACAAAGAUAAGAGAGGCCCACUUGGUGGGCUGGACUGGACCAACCCCAUUCAGUCUUGUUCGUACAUACAAACCCAAACCCAAACGCAAACUCCCCUUUCACACUCCGUUUGUUGCAUUGCACUCACCGAUUUCACAGCAACUCAACAAAAGCAGAGGUUUUUUCCUUGCUUUCGAAUUCGAAUCGAAGCCAUGGCCACGGAAGCUUACGCGGCACGAAACCCGGAUGAGAUUCACACUGACGUACUCUCUAGUUCCAGACAAGCUUGCUAUAAGGCCCGAGACGCUUUCUAUGCGUGUUUGGAGAAAGAAUCGGACAAAAAACAGACUGAAAUCGCGUCCAAGGGGCUGUUGUACCCAGCUGAGUGCAAAGCUUCGAGGGAGGAGUUUGUCAAUCACUGCCGUGCUUCUUGGGUUAAGCAUUUUGAUGCUCUCUACUGCAAGAACAAGAGUCUGAAGAGGCUUUUGGAUGAUAAAGACUCGAGGAGAGGUCCGUUGUCACUUCCACAGCCUUACACUUUCAAGCCUACCACCAGUAGUUAAACUUUUGGUUUUGAUGGGUUAGCUUAAAAUGUUGUUGCUCCUAUUGGCUUUGGUGAUUUGUAGUUGUACAGGCUUCAGCAAUAGCGAGAUAUAGAAUUAAUUGCCUAAAGCUUACUUCUGAUGGUUAAAGAUUUCAUAUAAAGAAAACUGUAGUAUCACUUU